GAUGAUGAUGUGGCCUGUUCUACCAUACCUUCACCCAUUCAGUUGAGAUAGCAGCAUGUUUUCCAGUGGAUCAGUAGCAAUUGGAUCAUCAUCUGCUUCUAAAUUACCAAAAUAUGGUGGUCGUCCUUUAGACAGGUCCAGGAGGCCCUGGUUUAUUUCGCUUCUCGUUGCUGUCAAAGUGUGCUCUUCACUGGCAAUUUUUUUGUUGGCCGAGUUCCUCCAAAAGGUUGCGCAUUCUCAAGUAGGAGGUCAUCAUCGGAACCCUAGCAGCAGUGACCAUCAUGGAGUCCCCACGGAAGAAAACAUCAUUCGAGUACAACAAGAGUUUAAUAAACAACAUGAGAAAACUGGUUUAUUAUUGGGACGAUGGGGCCCGAUUUUCCAGACCUUGGCUUUUAUUCAGAUUAUAUCUGGGUUGAGCUACUCAUUUGUUCAGAAACCACUAUCAAGUGCAAAAAAGAUAUCAAUUACACCUGGUCAAUGGCUCCGAAUUUUUAGGCAUUCUAUGAUUCUGAUUUUAUUCUGGUUGACUUGGAUUUCUGGUUUAGUUUUGACUGGACCGUUGAGAACGGUGUUUGUAUCUUUGCAUUAUGAUUACACUUUGGCUGGAAUUGCAUCCGGUUUAUUUGUUGCAAAAUCGGGACCCAGAUUGCGUGGAUGUUUUCUAUUUGUUGCUGGAUUACUGGUGCUACUUUUGUUUGACGACAACUCUGAAGUAAAUGACCACCAUAAAAAUUUUGGUGUUGAACAAAGUCAUGUUUAUUUGUCCAAAAAUUCGGCUGGGAUCAUGACCUUUAUCGUGUUUCUGAUUUUCAAACUGAGCUUUGAUGCAUUAUCCAGACGUCUGGCUGUUGAUGUAGGAGGUGUAAAGCGUCUUCAUGCAAUAUCAACAGUUACUUCAGGGACUAUUUUAGUGAUAUUAGUUUUGGUGGAUGGAUUUACAGGGGGUACAUUUAUUUCAAUAUGGGGCAACUUUUUUACUCUAAUUUUCAUAGUACUGUUUGGAUUCGUACUAAAUUAUUACAUUGAUGCAAUUUGUAUAAAACGGAUGGAUGCUUGGCAAGUUGCACGAAUAGGUACUAGUGCUUGCCAUUUAUCGGCUUUCUUUUAUAGUCUUGCAUGGAUCACGAUGGAUGAAGUUCCCAACGUAGCUGCAAUUGUUGCAUUUUUACUUAUUUAUUUUGGUACAUGGAGUCUAACAAUGUCUGAGCGUGCUAGUGGGGGUGGAACUUUGAUUGGAUUUUCUACCGAUGGUCUUCCACUUUUCAACUUUUCUAGUCAUUUAUCCGGCGAAGGUCGCGUUCCUUUGUGGAAAAAUUGCAUUCGUUUAGCAUUUUCGUUUUAUAAGCAGAUUCAGGAAGAUAGAAUGAGUCGAAAGAUUUUUUACUAUUUCGUGCUCACUGUGGGAUUUACCACUGUAGAAUUUCUGUAUGGUGCUAUAACAAAUAGUUUGGGCCUAAUUUCCGACGGCUUUCACAUGCUGUUUGAUUCUAUGGCUAUCUUCAUCGGACUAUGUGCUUCAGUAAUGUCCAGGUGGAAACCCAGUCCAAGUUUCCCUUUUGGAUACGGCAGAAUUGAAAUUUUAUCAGGAUUUUUAAAUGCCUUCUUCUUACUGGUUGUGGCUGGUGUCAUUUUCGUCGAAGCUUGGGCUCGCUUGUUUAGUCCACCAAGCGUCGAUGCUCAUCAGACAUUAACGGUAUCUAUCAUUGGACUAAUUGUGAACCUAAUUGGAAUUUAUGUGUUUCGAAAUGGCACAUUAGACCAUACUCAUGUGCACGAUAAUGCAAAUAUCAGAGGGGUCUUCACUCAUGUCGUAGCUGACAGUAUUGGCAGUAUUGGCGUUAUUAUUUCGUCCCUGUUGAUAAAACAUUUCGACUUGCUCGUGGCAGACCCAAUCUGCUCCCUUGUGAUUGCCACUCUUAUUGCCAAGACGGCUUUGCCUUUGUUGAAGGAUACUUCACGUGUCCUUCUCCUCUCUGUUCCAUCCGGACUUGAAAGAAAUUUACAACAAGUGGUCCUACAACUUCUUGCCGCUGAAGGUGUGAAAGGCUACAAGACUCUUCGAUUUUGGACUCAUUCAGCACCACAGUUUUUAGCAGGGUCCAUUCAUAUCCAAGCCACUAUGGAUGCUAACGAGCAACAAAUCCUACGAUAUGUGAACAACUUGUUUUCGUCCAUUGGAUUCAGCCACUUCACAAUCCAGAUUGAAAAAGAUGAUUUUAUUGCAAGAAGGAGUAUCGAUGACCUGGCAUCCAUAACCAGCAAAAGUAUAACCGGAAUUGAUAUUGUGGGUAUUGGAAGCGACAGCUUUGCUCCAGCUAACAAUCCAAACGAAUUGCCAGAUAUUGUGGUCCCAUCGGUAUGAUAUGGUUUUAUGUUUAAAGGCCGAUUAUUUGAUUGUAAUUUCAAAUCUUAACUGUGUGAUAAUAAUAUAUAUAUAUUUAUUUAUUUAUUGAAUAAUCAUACACCGUUGUUGUAUAUAUACAUACGAAUUAAUGAUAAUUUUGUAUCAAAUAUGUAUACAUAUUUUAUUUAAAAUAGAAUUAGGUACAAAAAUAAUCAUGGAAUACAUUUAAUUGAUUUGUCGAGUCAA